CGGGGAGAGGCCCUUCCUGUGCCCCCAAUGCGGGCGGAUGUUCUCCGACCCUUCCAGCUACCGGCGGCACCAGAGGGCCCACCAAGGGGUGAAGCCUUACGGCUGCGCCGACUGCGGCAAGGCCUUCCGGCAGCCGGCUGACCUGGAGCUGCACCGGAGGAGCCACACCGGGGAGAGGCCGUGGAGGUGCGGGGAGUGCGGGAAGGCCUACAAGGCCUCGUGGGACCUCAAGAGGCACCGGCUGAGCCACAGCGGGGAGAGGCCGUGGAGGUGCGGGGAGUGCGGGAAGGGCUUCGGGGAGAGGGCGGCGCUGGGGAAGCAUUGGAGGACGCACUCCGGGGAGAGGCCCUACAGCUGCGGGAGGUGCGGGAAGGGCUUCGGGGGGGCGUCCGGGCUCAGGAAGCACGAGAGGACGCACGGGAAGGGGGAGGAGGGGGGCAAGGCGGCGGACGACGGGGGGGCGGGGGGCCAGGUUGGUUGUGGCGGGGUCGGCGGUGGGCUAGCUGGGCCCAAUAUGGCCGCCGGCGGCCAACCGGGAGCUAAUAUGGCCGCCAACGUUGGCCGUGACAUUGGAGGACUCAACAUGGCCGCCAGCAGCCAACCCGGCCCCAGUAUGGCUGCCAGUGGGCAACCGGGAGCUAAUAUGGCCGCCAACGUUGGCCGUGACAUUGGAGGCCCCAACAUGGCCGCCAGCGGCCAACCAGGCACUAAUAUGGCCACCAACAUUGGCUGUGGCAUUGGAGGCCCCAAUAUGGCCGCCAGUGGCCAACGUGGCAUUAAUAUGGCCGCCAUUGGACAGCUUGAACGCAACAUGGCCGCCAGUGGCCAACCGGGUGCUAACAUGGCUGCCAGUGGCCAACCCGGCCCCAGUAUGGCCGCCAGCGGCCAACUGGGCGCUAAUAUGGCUGCCAACGUUGGCUGUGACAUUGGAGGCCUCGAUACGGCCACCAUCGGACAGCUGGAACGCAAUAUGGCUGCCGGUGGCCAACCUGGACCUAAUAUGGCCGCCAGUGGCCAACCUGGACCUAACAUGGCCGCCACUGGACAGCUGGAACACAAUAUGGCCGCCAGUGGCCAACCUGCACCCAAUAUGGCCGCCAGUGGCCAAUGUGGACCUAACAUGGCCACCACUGGACAGCUGGAACACAAUAUGGCCGCCAGUGGCCAACAUGGAGCUAACAUGGCCGCCGUUGGACAGCUGGACCACAACAUGGCCGCCAGCGGCCAACCCGGAUCCAAGAUGGCAGCCAACAUUGGCCGUGAUGAUGGCCAACCCAACCCCAAUAUGGCCGCCGUCGGUCCCAAUAUGGCCGCCGACAGCCCCAAUAUGGCCGCCGCCGACCCCAAUAUGGCCGCUGCUGGCCCCUUCCGCUGCCCACAGUGCCCCAAAAGCUUUGGGGUGAGGGCGGGGCUUCGCCGCCACCAGCGCCGCCAUGGCCACGCCCCCUCCGCCCAGGCCACGCCCACCGGGAAGAGGGCGGGGCCUCGCUUAGGCCACGCCCCUUCCGGCACCCCAUAGGGCGCUGUUGGCUCCGCCCACUGCGAGUGGAAAUAAAGGGACGGCGCCCGCGUGGCGGCGUGUUGUGGCGUGUUA